CGAAAGGUUUCCUUAGCGACGGAGAAAAGAAAGUCUCAGAAAAAGCUCUCUGAUUUUUGGGCGACUAAUCGGCGACAACCAUGGCGGGUCGCUUCGGAUCGCAGUCCUCUGCGGUGAUGAUGACGACGGUGACCAACACGCCGACGGCGGAUCUCGCCUUGACCAACCUCGCUUACUGCUCCGCCUCUGAUCUCCGUCAGUUCGCCAUUCCCGGCUCCGAUCUCUUCCUCGCCAACGUCGGAGACGCCUUCAUUCUCUCUCUAUCUCGACAUGAUAGUAUCCGUGAUGGAUAUAUUGGUUUAAAUGCUAUUCAACGGCGGCAUGCGAGGGUUUCUACCGGUGACAUGGUCUCUGUGGGCAGAUUUAUUCCUCCUGAAAAUUUUGAUUUGGCUUUGCUAACACUCGAGUUAGAGUUUGUAAAGAAGGGGACUAAAAGCGAGCAGGUUGAUGCUGUUCUGCUUUCGAGCCAACUUAAGAGGAGAUUCACAAACCAGGUCAUGACAGUAGGGCAGCGAGCUACUUUCGAGUAUCAUGGAAACAAUUACAUAUUUACAGUCAACCGAGCAGUUGUAGAAGGUCAAGAAAAAUCCAAUGGCAUUGAAAGAGGGAUGAUCACUAAAGAUACAUAUAUUGUCUUCGAAUCGUCAAAUGCAAGUGGCAUAAAGAUUGUCAAUCAGCGUGAAGCUGCUAGUAGUAACAUAUUUAAACAAAAGGAGUUUAACCUUGAGUCACUGGGUAUAGGUGGUCUUGGUGCAGAAUUUGCUGAUAUAUUUCGAAGAGCUUUUGCUUCUCGUGUAUUUCCUCCUCAUGUCACGAGCAGACUGGGGAUAAAGCAUGUAAAGGGGAUGUUACUUUUUGGACCUCCCGGUACUGGCAAGACUCUUAUGGCACGCCAAAUUGGAAAGAUGUUGAACGGAAAAGAACCAAAGAUCGUUAACGGUCCUGAGGUGCUGAGCAAGUUUGUGGGUGAGACAGAAAAGAAUGUUCGAGACUUGUUUGCUGAUGCUGAGCAUGACCAGAGGACCCGAGGUGAUGAAAGUGACUUGCAUGUAAUUAUUUUCGAUGAAAUUGAUGCUAUCUGUAAGUCAAGAGGAUCAACCAGAGAUGGCACAGGUGUCCAUGACAGUAUUGUUAACCAGCUCCUCACAAAGAUUGAUGGUGUGGAGGCCUUGAACAAUGUUUUGCUUAUUGGAAUGACUAACAGAAAAGAUUUGCUUGAUGAAGCCCUUCUAAGGCCUGGAAGAUUGGAGGUUCAGGUUGAGAUAAGCCUUCCAGAUGAAUCUGGACGUUUACAAAUUCUUCAAAUCCACACAAACAAGAUGAAGGAGAAUUCUUUCCUCGCUGCUGAUGUAGAUCUCCAAGAGCUUGCUGCUCGGACGAAGAAUUACAGUGGUGCAGAACUUGAAGGUGUCGUGAAAAGUGCAGUAUCAUAUGCUUUGAACAGGCAACUGAGCAUGGAUGAUCUAACGAAGCAAGUGGAUGAAGAGAGUAUUAAGGUUUCUAUGGAGGAUUUUAUCCAUGCUCUCCAUGAAGUUCGACCUGCAUUUGGAGCUUCCACGGACGAUCUUGAACGCUGCAGGCUCAAUGGCAUGGUGGACUGUGGUGAUCGUCAUAAUCACAUUUAUCAAAGAGCUAUGCUACUGGUCGAGCAAGUUAAAGUUAGCAAAGGAAGUCCUCUGGUCACCUGCCUUCUGGAGGGACCAAGCGGCAGUGGGAAAACCGCAUUGGGGGCAACUGUUGGGAUUGAUAGUGGCUUCCCAUAUGUCAAGAUAGUCUCGGCUGAAUCCAUGAUCGGUCUACAUGAGAGCACAAAGUGUGCCCACAUUGUCAAGGUGUUUGAGGAUGCGUACAAAUCACCACUAAGCAUAAUUAUCCUUGACGAUAUCGAAAGGUUGUUGGAGUAUGUAGCAAUUGGCCCGCGGUUCUCAAACAUAAUUUCUCAGACCCUGUUGGUCCUUCUCAAACGACUCCCUCCUAAGGGCAAGAAACUUCUGGUAAUAGGGACCACAAGUGAAGUAAGCUUCUUAGAUUCUGUCGGAAUAUGUGAUGCCUUCUCUGUCUCGUACCAUGUCCCGACUGUCAAGACAGAGGACGCGAAUAAAGUGCUGAAGGGGUUAAACGUGUUUGACGAAGAUGAUAUCAACUCAGCUUCCGAGGCCCUCAAUGAUAUGCCUAUCAAGAAACUAUACAUGCUGAUCGAGAUGGCGGUUCAGGGAGAGCGUGGCGGGUCUGCAGAGGCGAUCUAUUCCGGAAUGGAGAAGAUUAAGCUCACUCACUUCUUCGACUGCCUUCAAGACGUCGUCCGAAUCUAGCUUUUCGUCUUUCCGCUGUUUCGGCUGCUGCUUUACUCAGCAAGAUUUUCCGACAGGCCUUUUACACUUUGUACCGAGUCAACUCGGAUGGUUAGUGAGUUUUUUUUUUUUUUUUUUUUUUUUUUUUUUUGAUGCUAAACGUGGGUUCGAGGCUUCGAGCCACCACGGUCGGGCGUGGGCUCUUUACACUGUACCAUGUCUCAUUUCUUCUUCUCCAUCGGGCCACGUAGAUAUUGGGCUUACAUCUGGGCUUUUAUCGGCCUGCUCGCUGACCUCUUUUUAUGUCACGAGAAUAUUAUAUACACGCACGUGUUUUUUUUCUCGUA